UAAGGAGUAUAAUUAAUGACCUCACCAUAACUAAAAAGAGCCUAUAUAUAAUACAAACUUGUGUAUCUAGCUCUCCCUCACAUUAAAUUUUCACCAGUUCCCCGAUUGUCCAAACAAAUGAAGCUUCGCAACCUAAAUUAUCCUGCCUUAUGGCCUACAUACCUUCAUUUUAUUCUACUCUUUACCAUAACCCUACUAUGCUUGCAUCCUGCCACUUCUUCUAUCACUCCAACAAAUGAGACGGAUCGUUUGGCUUUGCUCAAAUUUAAAGAAUCCAUUGCUGAUGACCCACAAGAAAUCUUGAGCUCAUGGAAUGAUUCUAUCCAGUUCUGUAACUGGCAUGGAGUUACAUGCGGUCGCCGCCAUCAAAGAGUUACGGUCUUGGUAUUAGAAGGCCAUAAAUUGUAUGGAACUAUUUCACCUGCAAUUGGAAACCUUACCUUUCUUAGGGCCAUCAACCUCCGAAACAACAGCUUUUAUGGUGAAAUUCCAAAGGAAGUUGGUAAUUUGUUCCGACUGCGACAUCUCGUUCUUUCAAAUAACACGUUGGGAGGAGAAAUUCCAGCCACCUUGGCCAAUUGCACCGAACUCAGGGGGAUGAACAUAGGAAAGAACAAACUUAUUGGGACAAUCCCCAUGGAGCUUGGCUCUUUGACCAAGCUUAAUGUCCUUGGGAUUGCCAUAAACAAUUUGACAGGAGGAAUCCCACCUUCCUUGGGAAAUCUUUCGUCACUUGAGUAUGUUACGGUAGGCUAUAAUAAUUUGGAGGGAAAAAUUCCAGACAGCAUUGGCCAUCUGAAAAGCUUAGUAAUUUUCUAUGCUGUAGUCAAUAAACUGAUUGGUAUGAUCCCUUUCUCUCUCUACAAUAUAUCAUCUAUUAGAGGGUUAACAUUUACAGACAACCAACUUAGUGGAACUCUUCCAACCAACAUAGGCCAUACUCUCCCUAAUCUCCAAGAUUUUGCAGUAAAUGGGAAUGUAUUAUUAGGACGAAUCCCUAGUUCUUUAUGCAAUAUGUCUCGGCUUCGAGUACUUACACUGGGACAAAACAACUUUGUGGGAUCUGUUCCAACUAAUCUGGGAAAUCUACUAGAUCUAAGAGUGCUAGAUCUAGAUACGAAUAACCUAGGAAGGGACAUGGACUUCAUAACAUCUCUAAACAAUUGUAGCAAAUUGGAAACGCUAGCAGUUGCAGAAAACAAAUUUGAAGGUAUUUUGCCCAAUUCUGUAGGCAACUUGUCAACAAAAAUCACUGGACUAUAUUUCGGGGCCAAUCAAAUAUCUGGAGCUAUUCCUGCAGCGUUGGAGAAUCUAAUCAACUUAAUUGUCUUGGGCAUGGAGAAUAAUCAUUUCACAGGCACAAUACCAACUAAUUUUGGUAAGUUUCAGAAGAUGCAAGGAAUUUCUUUAUCAAGAAACAAAUUGUCUGGGAAAAUCCCAAGCUCCAUUGGCAAUCUCACUCGAUUGGCUGUACUGCUUUUGUAUCAGAACAAUUUAGAAGGAAGCAUACCUGCAAGCAUUGGUAGCUGUCAAAGUUUGCAAAAGUUGGAUCUCGCAAAAAAUUACUUGAGUGGAGUCAUACCCCGACAGGUUUUUGACCUUUCUUCCUUAUCACUAUUUCUCAAUUUAUCGCACAACUCAUUAAGUGGUGAAUUACCUAUUGAAGUAGGCAAUUUGAAAAAUGUUAAUUCUCUCGAUGUCUCAGAAAAUAAUCUGUCUAGUGAAAUUCCUAUGACAAUUGGAAUUUGCAUAAACUUAGAGUACCUAUACCUGCAAGGCAAUUCCUUUAAGGGGAUCAUGCCUUCAUCCAUGGCUUCCUUGAAAGGUCUUCAACAUUUAGAUGUUUCACGAAACAAUCUAUCAGGGUUGAUCCCAAAGGGCCUAGAGAAACUUUUAUAUUUAAAAAAUUUGAACAUUUCGUUCAAUGAUAUUGAGGGUGAGCUACCAACGGAAGGUGUUUUCAGAAAUGUAAAUACAAUAUCAAUAAUUGGAAACAAUAAGCUUUGUGGAGGUAUUCCACAACUGCAACUACCAACCUGCCACAAAGUUAUAAAAUCAAGAAAGUCCCUUACUUCUAGAUUAACACUCACAAUUGCGUGUGUGGUUACAUGUAUUUUUCUGGUUUCAUCCUUUCUUGUUAUUUGUUGGAGAAAAAAAUCAAAAAAGAAACCAUCUGUUUUAGUCUCAAAGAUGGAUCUCCUUCCAUCAAUUUCAUACAAAAUGCUUCAUCAAGCCACCGGUGGGUUUUCUCUCAACAAUUUGAUUGGGACUGGUGGUUUUGGAUCAGUUUAUAAAGGAGUUCUUGAUCAAGAAAGAAGAUUAGUUGCUGUAAAGGUCCUUAACCUUCAAACAAAAGGCGCUGUCAAGAGUUUUAUGGCGGAAUGCAAUGUGUUAAGAAAUGUUCGGCACAGAAAUCUUGUCAAAAUCUUAACAUGUUGCUCCAGUAUAAAUUAUAAUGGUGAUGAAUUCAAAGCUCUAGUAUUUGAAUACAUGACAAAUGGGAGUUUAGAUAUGUGGCUAUAUCCGUUGACAGAUAGCGAAAAUCAAUCAAAAAAAUUGAGCUUUCUUCAAAGACUAAUUAUUGCAAUUGAUGUGGCUUUUGCAUUAAAUUAUCUUCACAAUCAUUGUGAGAAACAAAUCAUUCAUUGUGAUUUGAAGCCAAGUAAUAUUCUUCUUGAUAAUGAGAUGAUGGCUCAUGUAAGCGAUUUUGGUUUAGCAAGGCUCCUUACAACUACCAAUGAUUCUUCCCAGAAGUGUACUAGCACAAUUGGGUUUAAAGGAUCUAUCGGCUAUACUGCUCCAGAGUAUGGUAUGGGCAGUGAGGCGUCAACUAAGGGAGAUGUAUAUAGCUUUGGAGUCAUUGUAUUGGAAAUGUUCACAGGCAGGAGGCCUAUCGAUGAUAUGUUUAAAGAUGGUCUCAAUCUUCAUAACUUUGUUAAGAUGGCAUUACCAAAAAGACUUGUUCAAGUUAUCGACCCAAUGUUUUUGCCAAGAGAAGCUAUAGAAAUGGGAGCAGCAACUGCAACUGUGAUGGCAAUAGAAGAAAAGGAUGACAAUGACAAUGACAAUGAAAUUGAAGUAGAAGAAGCUAAUAACAUUGAGGAUUCUAUGCAAAUUGAUGCUGACAUGCAAAAGUGCUUGCUCUCAAUCCUUAACAUUGGAAUCUUAUGUUCAUUAGAAUCUCCAAAAGAGAGAAUGAGCAUGGAGGAAGUCAUUAAGGAACUACAAUUGAUAAAAAAUACUUUUGUUGGUUUGGGGAUCCGCAAAGGCAGGCCAAGUAGAUCUCAAGUCAGAGGAGCAUGAAAAUACUAAAAGAGAUUAAAUCUCUUUAAUAAUGCCUGGAUUAAUCAUGGGAUUUGGCAUUUCCACCUGAUGUGUUAUAAUCUCAUGCUAAUUUAAUAUUACUUGUUGAAAUGAAUCAAGGGAUGAUUUUCUUUCUCUUCUAGUGUAGGAGUCAGUAAUUUUCUUGGUUCUAUGCUUGGUUCUACUUCUGUUUCUUGGUUCUAUGCUUGGUUCUACUUCUGGUCAAGAGUCAUCUACAUGUACUAUGCUUGGUUCUACUAUUGUAAUGUGUGUUUAUGUGUAUGCCUAAUAAUCAAUGCAAUUCCUACAACUUUAUGGGAAGGAAAUGUAUCAAAGAUGUAAUGUUAGUUUAGAACUGUUGAUGUUUUUAUGCAGCAUUAUUCUGGUGUUGCAGCAUUAUUCUGGUGUUCAAAUAAAAGUGGAUAUUAUGUUUAAUUCCAUUCGAACUUAAAGCUUUAAAUACAAACAAUUUUUUUUAAGGUAGAUAGUAGGGGAGGAGGGGGUGCAGUUCGAAUUAUAGAUAUGGAACAUCACAAAUUGAGAGUAGCUUCCAAAAAAAAUUCAAAAAAAUCAAUUCAACUUAUGAUAUAAUUUAAUUCAACUUGUGGUCAUAAUUGAAUGCAACCAUUAUUCAUCUUUUAUAAAUUCUAUGACAAAACCUCUCAUUACAACCUAGAUCUACUUCAUAUUAUUAGACUCAAAAGCCAUUAUUGAAUGUAACCUAUCUUCCUGAAAUAGGAAUAGAUAAAAUCAAAGAUUCAUAAAACAGUAACUCACACGAAAUUUGAAAUACAAAAUAGUGUUAUAUUAAAAACAGAAUAUCCAUAAAGAUUCAUACAGCAAAGUUUACAACAAGUGCAAGGAAAUCAUAUGCAAACACAAACAAAUAAACCAAGUAUCUAAUGCCCUGAAUAAUUCAAUAAGCUCAAUCUGCAGAUCAUACAUUAACAUUCACAGUUUCUGCAUUCGCUUGUGAACAAAAUCAAAGAUUUAUCUAGAAUAUGACAUGUAGUCACAUAUACAAAACACGGUAAAUAAUUAUUGUUAAAAAUAUAUAUAUCAAUCAUAUGCCUAUGGUCUAUUUUCUGAUUAGUUUUGGAAAAUCUAACUGAAGUCUAAGAAACAGGUAUAAUGCACCAGAAAACAGCCCAAACAGAGUAACGUAAUUGUAAAUGAAGAAGGCAUAUUAGUGUUUAACCCAUAAAAGACUCUAGAUUGUAAAUCAUAGGUGGUUGCAUAUGACUAGGUUUGUAAGUUUUUCUUCUGCCACCAUUGUCAUAGAACAUAUAUAUUGUUUAUAUAUAAGUAUAGGAAUUGCAUAUAAUAGGAA